AUGCCUCACGCAACCGAGAACGACUCGACCGCGGCCGACGAUGCCGAGUUCGAGCAUGUGAUGCAACAGAUCAGCGGUCCCUUGGGGGACGGCGGUUUCGAUUUCAUGACGCGAGAGCUCGAGCCCGGUGAGAAAGCGGAGGAUGCAGUCGACUACGAGGAUAUCGAUGACGAGGACCUUCCGGAGGAGGAGGAACCCUCGCGGCCUCAAGAGGCUCCGACCACCGAGAAGACCGCGGACCAGGAUGAGCAGCUUUGGGAUGGAGAUGAUAAGGAUCUCUUCGGCGAGGACGAGGCGGCGGACGGGCAAGAGGAGCGUGAUGAUCUCGACGACUUGUUCGGUGAGGCGCCAUCAUCUCCUGCGGCGGAACGGGAAGACACAACACGAGACCUCUUUGAAGAUGACAAGCCGCCCGUCGAUGAAAGUCCUGCGCCCGCGGCCGCCGAGACCGAGGCCGAGGCCGAGGCGAUGGAUGGAGAUGUCGAUAUGCCAUCUGAGCGCGCCGUUUCCCCUACUGAGGAAGACAUGGAUCCGGCGACUCUUCGGGCGUACAAGCUCCAACAGGCCUUGUUUGCAAUGUCAGCUUACGGCCCAGACAACCCUCCAGCACCACCGGAGAAUAUGGAAGAACUCCUCCAAUCCUUAUGGCCUAACUUCGAUAGGAACGCUCUGCCUCGUUUUCUUGAGUUAAUCCCGCAUAAAAAGGCGUACUUUGUCGGAAAACAGCCCCUCAAGCCUCCGAAACCAGUGCAGCCAACUAAGAUCAACCUUGAAUUGGGACCGGAUCAAGAGCGAAUUUUCAAAACGGGCGGACAGGCCAACAAGCGGGCUCUCGAAUCAGAGAACCUGGGGAUCGUCCCUGUGCUGGGGGUUGACCAAGAGGAGGAAGGCCCGGAAGAGGUUGAGCCUGAUACGGACGGUGAGGAGGUGCUGCCUGGAGGUGUCACCAUGCAAGACCUCCGCAUGCUCUGCACCGACUGGGAUGUCAAAAGCGAUAUCUCCGUGAUGGAUGUCGACCCAGAACCUGAGGCUGAUCAACCCCCGACUCUAGAAGCUGAGGAGGAUGACUGGCUCUUUGAAACUGUCGAAAAUGUCCGCCCGACCAAGAAGCGUAAGCUGGGGAAGGACCCCAAGGAUCUUAUUGCCCUUUCACACAUCGAUUUGCCCAUAAUUGAUGAUCCUGAAUCGGCGACUGCGCAAGUCGCGAAGAAGGUUCUGAUUGACAUGAACGAUCCCCAUUUGCUCCUUGAUACCCGUCCUGAGGCUCUAUCACAGAAGCCGAAGGCUCUGACCGGUGCGAAGCGAGAUGAAAUGGAUGUGAACGCCACGAAACGGCUCACUCAGCGGUAUAACAUAUCUAAUGAUGAAGCCUACGAUAUGCUCAAGGAAAAUCACCAGAACAAAGUCAGAAGCACUCUGGGUACUGUUGCUCUUGAGCACAGCAUGCCGGCACUGCGGCUACAAUGGCCAUACUACAAAACCGAGCUUUCCACGUCUGAAGCUCGGUCGUUCCAUCGACCAUCGCUAUCCUUUCGUCCCCAUCAGACUGUCUGGUUCAAGAACCCAGCAUAUAUCAAGCGCAAGCAUCAGAAAGGCAAAGACGCCAAGACUCUGUUCGAUUCCACCAAGUCUCUUUCGCUGGCAGACAACUCGACCCUUCUGUUGCUGGAGUACUCUGAGGAGGUUCCGAUCAUGUUGUCCAACUUCGGAAUGGCGAGUCGUUUCAUAAAUUAUUACCGCCGCAAGAAUGCGGAAGAUAGUACUCGUCCGAAACACGAAAUCGGUGAGACAGUCGUCUUGCUACCGCAAGACAAAAGUCCCUUCUCCAUCUUCGGGCACGUUGACCCCGGCGAAACAACCCCUACCGUUUCGAAUUCUAUGUAUCGCGCACCUUUAUUCCCUCAUAAACCCAAACCGACCGAUUUCUUAGUGGUUCGGAGCACCACAGGCAGGGGCGGAUCGGAUUAUUACCUGAGGAACAUUGAAAAUCUAUACGUUGUUGGACAGCAGUUCCCUUCCGUUGAUGUCCCGGGUCCGCAUUCUCGAAAGGUUACAACUGUCGCAAAGAAUCGUCUGAAGAUGCUCACCUUCCGUCUCAUGAGGAAGUCUGGCAAUUCGCAGGUGUCGAUUUCUGAUGUCACGGCCCACUUGCCUGGGUCAACGGACAUGCAAAACCGUCAGAAGAUGAAAGACUUCGUCCUCCAUGACAAGGACACCAAGCAGUGGGUACCAAUCGGUGGGAUUCCUGACUCGGAUACUAUUCGGUCUUGGAUCCAGCCGGAGGACGUAUGUCUGCUGGAGUCCAUGCAGGUGGGACUGCAGCACCUUCACGACACUGGCUAUGCCAACGAGGCGGAUGAAGAUGAUGACGAAGCGGAUGGCGAGAGUUUUGAACAACAGAUGGCGCCGUGGAGGACAACUCGCAACUUCCUGAUGGCAUCACAGGGGAAGGCCAUGUUGAAGCUACACGGCGAAGGCGACCCGACCGGCCGCGGCGAAGGGUUCAGCUUCAUCAAAACAUCGAUGAAAGGCGGCUUCAAGCCCAUUGGCGAGAGUGUGGAGGACAAACUCGACGCCCAGAGACUCAAGGAACUUGGUGGUCACAGUUACAACGUGGCUCGGCAGCAGAAAUCCUAUGAGACUUCCAUUCGCCGUAUUUGGGAGGCUCAAAAGGCAAGCUUAUCGUCGACGGUCGAGGUUUCUGAUGUCGAGAGUGAUAUCGAUCAAGACGACGAAGACUUCAGUAAACCUACGCCCAGGGAUGCACCAACACCUGGCUUUGGUCGUCGAGAUGAUGAGAGCGUGAGCCAGUUUAGCAAGAUGAGUACCACCAGCCAGCGGGGCAAGGUCUUGAAGAUUACACGGGAAUACAAAGACGAGAAUGGGAACAUAUAUCAGAAGGAGCAGUUGGUUUGGGAUCCACGCGUUAUCCGACAAUACACGCAAUACCGACACCAUCUGGAGACCGUGAACACAAAACUUGCAGAGCUCGAACCCACCGGCGACCCGGAAGUGGAUGCCCGCAACAAGAAACUGCUCGAAGCCGAACUGGGACGACUCCACAGAAACAAGGAACGACGCUUCGCCCGGGAGAAGCAAAAAGGAUUAGCGAGAGCCUCUGCUGGAGAGUCCGAGGACGCGGGUACUCCAGGCGGUCCGAAGAUUGUGGGAACCCAGCGAAAGUGCGCCAACUGCGGACAGGUUGGGCAUAUCAAGACCAACAAGAAACUCUGUCCUCUCCUCAAUGGCACGAUGAAACCAGAAGACCGUAUGACCGAUUCAGCCUUCUCCAUGGGUGCCCCGCCAGCUCUUUGA